UCAGUGGCGUCGUGGUACAACAAGCCCCACUAGCAACCAGUGGGCUGUAGUCUGUAAGUCUGUAGGAUGCUCCCCAGGACUUGGUGCAGGACCCAGAGUUUCUAGCUGUGCUGGACUGACCCAGUGGACCCACAGCCAACGUGCCACAUGGAAGAGCAGCACGGAGGUGCCAUGGAGGUUUCCUAGUGCCAGAGAGCAGGGCGGCCUAAUCGCUUUAGAGGUCUGCCACCAGCAGGACAGCAUGAGUGAAGUUACUGCCAUGGCAGAGUGCCAGCCCGGUGUGUGAUGGCAGAGAGCCCAGCAGUGCCCAGUGAUGUCAUGUAAAAUGCAGGUGGAUGCCCUCUGCCGGGUAAUCCCCUCCGGUCUUCCAUCCCACCCUCCCUCCUCUCUGUGUGUGAUGGCUGACCCAUCGCCUGGCUGGUGGAAGUUGACCUUCCUACGUAAGAAGAAGUCGGAGCCCAAGGUUCUGUACGAGAUCCCAGCGGAGUACGGCAGCAAUACCACACCCCACAGUGGAGCCCCCGGGCCAGUAGAGGGCGCCACAGAGGACAGCCAGUUCAACGCCCGUCUGGAGAGGAUAGUGGAUAAGACGGCCACCAAGGGACGCCAUGUUAAAGUGUCCCACUCGGGCCGUUUUAAAGAGAAGAAGAAGAUCAGGCCCACGUUAGCAGAAACCCCCGAUCUGUUCCCUGGUCACGAGCCUAGCGACGAAAACCUCCAAGCUGGGAAAUGAGUUCAUACACACAUAGACCUACACACACACAUACACACACACAUACACACAAAAUGCAUGUCUUUCUCUUUCAAACAAAUUCAUGCACACUGAAACACAGAAGACAUUCUUUGCCUUACCCUCAAACACAUACAUUGGUCACACCAUUUCACACAGUCCCCCUAUCACACUCAGUAACACACACAGAGAUGAAAGGCAGUGCAUCCCAUUGGGACAUGACAUUUGUGUCAAUCCAGCCAGAGAUCUCUAUUCUUUAUUCCCUAUAAGUGUGGGACUGACUGGGAGUCUUUGUAUGCAUCUUAGUUUCACAUUCUCUCUCUUCCUAUCAUAAUCAAUGGAGCAGUGGAAGAAUGGAACACCUGAUUCUCCCCUGUCUGUCUGCUUCAUACCUAGGCCAUGGAUACAUAAACAGACUACCUUUAAUAAGGUGCUAUUAGUCAUCUCAGACUUUAAACAUUCAACAGAUCACAGGAACAGGGAGGAAUUUCAGUUCAUGGAUAUUACACUGUACAGUCAGUGGAUGGUACAUAAUGUGUACUUUACUGGUGUUGCUAAGUUUCUCAUCUGUACAAAGCAAAAAGGUAAUGUGUGAAGCAGACGUUGUUGUUUGAAUAACAGCUUUAUGACCUAGAGGGCAUGGUUACCGACUGUUGGAGGUUGACAGGUUUCCAUAGUGACAGACUGUGUCAUGUGUCAUUCAUAAACAUGUCACAUCAAAAAUCAAUUGUUCUAAAAUUAAUUGUUCUAAAACUAACCUACGUUUUUAAAACCUGAGUAUGUUUUAUUCUUUUUUUGUUGCUUUUAAAAAAAAAUACCGGUAGGCCUCUCUAUCACUUGAUAACUUAACCUCAAACUAGACAUUUCUGUUAUUUUGAGGAAUUUUUCUUCCAAUUGCACUUUCUAAUGUAAUAGUGAAGGACUGCUUCAUAGACUGCAAGGUUUCAACAUAACUUCUAUGCAUUUCUCCAGUGUUUUCAAGAUAUUAGAAGACACUGAAGCCAAACUAAAACCAGAAAUGGAAGAGGAAGCAAGACACCCCACUCGCUGUUUUUUUCUAGUUCAAUGAAAGUCAACGAAGAAAGGAGACCAGACCCAGCUGCUAUUGCAUUGGUGGCUAUGGGAGACACACCCAGUUAAGUAGACCGGAACUGACUAUUUAUUUUAGAUGAACGGCCUCAGUGAACUAUCUUCAUUUAUCCACCAUCUUCGCUAAAACUACACACCAGAUCCCUCCUCUACAAAGACUGAAAAAGCAUCUUUAAUUUAAUUUUCACCUUCUACUCUUAAUGACAAAAAUCCCUUUCAUUGAAAUUGUGCUGUACAUUUUGAAUAAUUUUGUAAAAUGCAGACUGGUUCAAUUGGUUUAUAAAUAAAAUAUAUGUGAGAUUUUA